CCGCCUUCCUGCCGGCGCCGCUCCUCCUCCGGCCGGGCAAUAUGGUGGCGGAGGCGGCGCAGGGGGAGCCGUGAGCCGGUAAAUCGUGAAACCUUCCCUCCUUCCCUACCGCCGUUCACCACCACCACCGCCUGCCGGUGCUUGCUGCUUCCCCGCCCGGCGGGGGUUUAGGCGGACGAUGCGGCCGGCGGGGCGGCCGGGGUGUGCGUGAGCGCCGCUUGCCCCAUGUGGGUGUCCCGGUGAGGCCCCGGGGAGGGGAAGGGAGGGAAGGAAGGAAGGAAGGAAGGCAGGAAGGCAAAAGCGGCGGGAAGAUGCUGCUGUCGCUGGUGCUGCACACCUACUCCAUGCGCUACGUCCUGCCCGCCGCCGUCAUGAUGGGCACGGCGCCCACCUACGUGCUGGCCUGGGGCGCCUGGCGCCUCCUCUCCGCCCUGCUGCCCGCCCGCUUCUACCGCGAGGUGGACGACCGCCUCUACACCAUCUACCAGAGCAUGGUGCUCUUCUUCUUCGAGAACUACACCGGCGUGCAGGUAAUAAUCUACGGGGAUUUGCCAAAAAAUAAAGAAAAUGUAAUAUAUUUAUCAAAUCAUCAGUGUACAGUUGAUUGGAUUAUUGCAGACAUGCUGGCGAUCAGGCAGAACGCUCUCGGCCAUGUCCGGUACGUCUUGAAAGAUGGGCUAAAGUGGCUCCCACUGUACGGGUGGUAUUUUUCUCAGCAUGGAGGAGUCUAUGUAAAAAGAAGUGCCAAAUUCAAUGAAAAAGAAAUGAGAGAGAAGUUGAGGGCCCAGAUGAAAGCUGAGACUCCGAUGUAUUUAGUGAUUUUUCCAGAGGGGACUCGGUACAAUCCAGAAAUACCAAAAGUCAUUGCAGAUAGUCAAUCAUUUGCUGAAAAGGAAGGGCUUGCUAUAUUAAAGCAUGUGCUGACGCCGCGUGUGAAGGCAACUCAUGUAGCCAUUGACACAAUGAAGGACUAUCUGGAUGCAGUGUAUGAUGUGACUGUUGCUUAUGAAGGUACUGUGGACCACAAGGGGCAAAGAAAACUGGCACCAUCUAUGACAGAGUUUCUUUGCAAGGAAUGCCCAAGAGUUCAUAUUUUCAUCGAUCGAAUUGAACUGAAGGACAUUCCAGAAGAGCAGAUGUAUAUGAGAAGGUGGCUCCAUGAACGUUUUGAAAUAAAGGAUAAGUUACUAAUAGAGUUUUACGAUGCGAAGGAUUCUAAAAGAAGAAAUAAGUUCCCUGGAAAAAGCGUUCAUUCCAAACUAAGCCUCAAGAAAACUUUGCCAUCUUUGCUGUUUUUAGGUGGCCUGACUGCUAGUAUGCUUCUGACAGAGUCUGGAAGGAAACUUUAUGUAAAAACAUGGAUCUAUGGGACAUUAAUUGGCUGCCUGUGGGUUAGCAUUAAACCAUAAGCAGAUGUUAGUCUCCAAUCAGUGAAAUGUGCAGUCUUUUCUUGCACAUUGCACCAAACUUUUUCCUGACUUUAUAGUUUAAAAAGUGUAAAUAAAGCCUUAUCGAUUGAACAUUGGAAAUAAUAGAACUUGUGACUUAAGCCUCUGUGUGGUUGGUCUGGGGAAAAUAAAUGUAGAUUUUCAAAUUUGCUACUGAUUUUUGCCGGAAUAAUGACAGAUAAACCGAGUCGUAUGAUAAAUUGCUUUCCCCAUGAACUAACAGCCAUCUCUAAAUGCAGAUUCGAUGAAGUACGAGUUAUGCAUAAGGGUGUCUUAAGUGGACCUGUGAAUGUAUUUACAGAGAUUAAUUUAGGGUAUAUAUUUAUUCUUCUGAUAUUCAUGUUGAAUUUUCGUUACUCUUAGAUGCAACUGAGCUGCUGCAAUGCACCAAUCCCAGCUGUAUCGCGACUAAAAGCAAAACUUGUUUUCUUUUUUUUUUUGUUUUCUUUCAAUUAAAACUUUUGCUUUUCAGUUUUCGCUAAAUACUGUGCUCUUGAAAAGGGACUAAGUGAUGCGUGAGACGUUCCCUGAAGCAGAAGAAAAGGUUCCUGAGGAGGACUGUUCAUGGGGAAGAAGCUCCGUUUAUCCUAGCGCAUGACUUUUGGCUGAUAUUGCAGUGUUAGCCCAUCAUUUACCACAUGCAAAAACCUGAAAUUUCCCUGAGCAAACAGCUUGUGUCUGUGCAUAAAAGGAGCGUGUGUGGUGUUAAUGAAAUGUCCCAAGAUUUUGGUUUCUGGCCCCCCUGGGCUGCAGCCUGCCCAGCUGCCUGCCUUCUCCCCGGCUCCUGGGGAGCUCCAGCCUCUCCUGCCUACGUGCCAUACGCAGCGGGGAACGCUCCCGCCUUUCCUGUCACCGCACGGGGGGUGCUGCUGGCUGUUGUUGUUUUUUUUCUGGAAGCAAACUGUGGUUUUGGGGGGAGCGUGAGGGUAUGGGGACGAGGAACCUUCAGGUGUUCCUGCUAAAUCCCAAGCGUGUGCCUUUUUCCUACUGAUGUGGUUUAGCCUGAUGUUUGGUGGCCCGGCGCUCCUCUCCCUCUGGGGUCGGCUGUAUGCCAUUUGCACAACAGGCCAGUAGUGAAAGAAACGCAUAUCCAGUAUUUCACCUGCUUGAAAAUAUACUUUCUAAAGCAAAAUCAACAAAUCCUUACUAGCAGAAAGUCUGCCAUUCCCGGGGCUGGUGUUUUUGUUGGUUUCCUGAUAUCAAGUCUGUACGGACAGCAGUGGGGUAGGAAAGAGGAUGUCCUUGAUCUUCUUCCGUUAGGGAAUCAGAUUCCCUGUAUCAAAAAUGAAAGAACUAGAGAAUAUUUUUAUAUCACACUUGCAAGCUUUAAAUGUGCAUCUCUUUUUAGCUUCAGUGCAAUUUGUCUUGCGUUAGAGUCCAUCAUGAGUUAAAUGUCUCUUGAAAUUAUAACUCAGUUUUUCAGAUUCCACCAUUGCCAGUCAAUUAAAGAUACUGCUUUUACUGUGUGGGUUUUGGUUUUUUUUUUGUGUUGGUUUUUGGGUUUUUUUUACACUAUUUGAUAGAGUAAUUACAGUUCCACCUUAAAAUGAUUCGGCACGACGUUCAGUUUGCAGUUCUGUGUCCUUCCAUAAUGGGUUUUGUCACCGGAGUUAUUUAUAUCGGUGAUUGAUUCAGGAUAUGUCGAUGAACCCUUUGAAAAACAAUGACUGGGAACACCGUUGAAAAACAGUAUUGUUAGGAGGCUGUGAAACCAGAAAAAAUAAAAAAAAAUAAAAAAAAUAAGGCAAACCUAUUUUAUGUAACAGCCAAACAUGCUCCCAUGUAGCUCUUCCCAUUCUCAGCCGAGCGGUGCAGUGGGGACAACCAGCACAGAAUGAAAAGUUUACUCUGACACGACUAAACUUCACGGUGACAGCUAAGAGUAACAUUUAAUUAAGACAUCGAAAACGAAUGCAAACUGCUUAAUUCAUUUGUAGAAAAAUAACUGCUGUUUCGGAGAGCCUGAUUACCACGAAGUACUGGAUCUCUCUUGCUGUUUUAAGUACCAGGAAUGUAGAUGACACAGUCGCAACCAACAAACAGGAUGUUUAUUUUGAACCUUAUUCUCUGUGUUAAUCUUAAUUAUAUUUUUCUUGCCAUUAAUUUAUAAAGUUUUGAAACUGUAAUUUGCUGAUGUAUUUGACGUUGGGAGUAUCACAUGCUAUUUCUAAAUAUGCACUGAUAUUAACUUGAAAGAUUUCUUCAUUAAAAUAAGAAGAGCCAAUGCUCAUUCAACUUU